AUGCCGCAGAUCUUUAGUGAUGAAUCUGUAGAAUUCCUGGAACGUUUUCAAUACAUAACACGCCGCAAAGAGGGUGCUGUACCAACCGACAGUUUUUCACUUUUGGACAUUUGUCUGCACACAAAUAGUGUUUUCGUUCAGCUUCUUAUCACAAGGUUGCUGCCAGUGACCAGGGAAACAGAAGCGCGUAGUGUGGUGAAUGAAGAAUUAAAUACUUCCGCCAACGCCACUAUCAGUGGUAUGGGAGGAGUGCAAGGCGUUGAGGAUGGCAGGGGAAGAAACCCUACAAACGGCGUUGUUCACGGCACAACCACUUUGGUUGCAGACGAUUUGGAUGUUUUUAACACAAGGCUUUCUGAGGAUGUCUUGGCCCCAGUACUUUUCUCCUUUCUAGACUUUUACGUCGACCGCCGCCUGGAGAGGAGAGCUAUCCGGCAGGGACUGUGUGCUUACUUCGAAUCAACACCAUACCUUAGGGAGGCGGAACCUAGUGAUGCGGGUCUUUCCAUGUACUCUACUGUAGCAUUCCUUUUCCUCAGUUUGACCAGAGCCUUGCUUCAGUGUGAGUUUGCGAAGGACACUUUUGCAGAAACCAUGGGGUACAAAAGGAAUUGCUCCUUACCCACUUUGCCGUGGCUGAAAUCUCGUUCGGAGUAUACCAUUGGAGAGCCCACGUGGUACUGGCACGGGACUCAACGCUUGCAAACGAUACAAAAGAUAGUGGCGCAGGCGGAAAUUAACGAAGACGUGGAUGAAACCGUUCAGGAGUCGGGCGAGACUAGGGGAAGAACAAGCAGCGACGGUUAUGCAAUAAAUAUCGUGUAUGACGACUUCCAAACUAUGGAGACACGUAAACGCAAACGUGAUGCAUCCAACAUCCCCAGUGGUCACUCGAGAGUACACUACAAAAGUGUGGGUAUUUCUACCUUGCAGCGUUCGUUUUCGACCUUACCUUACGAGUUACAAGAGUACGUUUUAAACUAUCUGCGCCCUGCUGACUUACCCGUUGCUAGAACUGUAUGCAAAGCUUGGCAAGCGCUCAUUAGCCACUCCGCAAGAAUGCAAUUUUAUAUACUUGCUGGUCGUGCUGUGGCACGAAUUUUUUUUGCAUACAUGAAAGAGAAGUGGGGAAGGGCUUGGGUACGCGUGGAUAAGCUGACAACCGCACAUAGACUCUUUCAUCAGGAGAGGCAACUGAAGGGAUAUCUAUCCCAUCUUAGCCAUGUGUUGGGUAGGGGGGCGAUUGCUUCGGUAAUGAGAAGCCUUCUUCUGAAAACUGAUAAGUAUCGUAUUGAGUGGGAUAUGUUAAAAGGAAUAUGGAGCGCUAUCGAAAUGGAAGUGAAGCAAUUUCCUUUUGUGGCGCACCCUGCUGUCAGCCUGAUGCAAUGCAUGCAGAGAGAUGCAGGGAAUCUGGUUCCUCUGUUUGCACUGAUAUACGAGGGUAUGGAACGGGAGGUCAUCAUCUUACAACUUGCGCGGAAUUGUGUCCUGUACGACUUUAUUGUUCUUGAAGGGAGUGAACUGAUUUUGGGGAUCAUCAUCACCCAGAUGAUGUACUUCAUCAAGGGGGAAAGAAAAAUAAAGCACAAUCGCAGAGAUGUGUGA